AUGGCUGACGGAUCUACUACCAUGCCGCUACAGGAGGGAACGAAGUGGACAUAUUUGUUACUUGUCCACUGGAACGAGAUUCUCUAUGCCCUGAUCACCGUGUAUCUGGCUUCACAAUCGUGGAAGGCAUUCAGCCGUCUAUACCUUCAUCCACUCGCUUCCGUGCCAGGCCCGAGGCUCGCUUCUAUCAGCACCCUUUAUGGGUUCUAUUACAAUUAUAUUCAAGAUGGCACAUACAGCAAACGCUUCGCUGAAAUGCAUAGCAAAUACGAAUCACCCGUAAUUCGAGUGUCGCCCAACCGAGUUCAUGUCAAUGAUGUGAAAUUUUAUGAGACUGUAUUUCGUACAGGAGCCCCUUAUUACAAAGAACCCGAGUUCUAUAGUUCCUUGGGCGCCGACGGGGCAUUGGCCUCUCUUAUAGAUCCAGCAGAGCACCGAAAGCAUCGUUCUUACUUGAGCUCGCUAUUCUCCGCUCAAACAACGGUUGCUUUGAAACCUCGACUCCUGGAGACCUUGAUCAAAACAGCCGGUUAUCUCCAGAAGGCAGCUGUGAAAGACAAAUCAGUCAACAUCCAAAAUAUUUACAGCGAGCUCAUCGGCGAUGUAGUGUGUGAGCUAAUGUUCGCGGAUAGCUACAACUUCAUCGAAUCCGGCGAUGAGGGCCACCCUCUGUUGAACGAGGUCGACAAUCUGGGGUCUAUUACCUGGCUCAUGAUGGAGUUUCCUGGCUUAAAAACAGUCAUGAAAGCUCUCCCUUCUUCUAUAGGUCAUAAGCUAAGCCCGGAAAUUAUUAGGUUCAAAAAGUUCUGUGAGGACCGGCUGGAGGAGGCACAACACAGAAAGAAAACUGGCAAUCCCCCUGCCAGGAAGUCAUAUUUCGAUCUGUAUUUGGAAAUUGACAGUCGCAAAGACACCAUACAAAACGUGGCGCAGGUGUUCGAUGGUGCAUUCAACUUCAUGACUGCAGGAAUUCACACAACUGCUUACACUCUAUCCUGGGCUACCUUUAACAUUCUGAGCUCGCCAUCUGUUUUGGUCAAGGUCCAAUCGGAACUAGAUGAAGCCAAGGUGACGAUACGUGAUGACUUCGAUCCAAAGGCGAUUCAAAAUCUGCCGUAUCUGGGAGCAGUGAUCCGAGAAACAAUGAGGAUGGCCGACCCGGUGCCUGGCUAUCUGCCCCGUGUGGUGCCGAAGGACGGAGUUCAAGUUGGGUCAUUCUUUCUACCUGGAGGUACCAGCGUUUCCACCAGCCAUCCUGUCGUUCAUAUGGAUCCGUCCAUCUUUCCUGAGCCACAUAAAUUCGACCCUGAUCGUUGGAUACGUGGGGGAGAGCAGCUCGAAAGGUACAGCGUCCCUUUUGGAAAGGGUUCGCGUCGUUGUAUUGGGAUGAGCGUCGCUUACAUGGAGCUAUACACCGUUCUCGCCUUUAUAUUCAGUCAUUUCGAACUUCAAUUGGUGGACAACGACCAGUCCCAAGAAGGGAUCCAAUGGGCCGACCGCAUUGUUGCCCGCGCUACAUCUAGCUUCAAAAUAAAGGUGAUCAAGGAUCGCUGGGAGUGA